CAAGCGACUUUGGCAAUGGCGCGCCAGUGUGUCCAAGAUAAAGAGAUUGUUCGCCUAUUUAAGGAGGAAGUCCAGCACGUGUUUGUCAUUGGUUCUUGUAGCCUGACAGUAACUCAAACCUUCUUUUGUGGAAAGAUGUCGUCUGCAGCCUGCCUAGCCCUUGUACUUGUGAUUUGCUUCUCUGGUAGACUAUCAGAAGCUCUAAAUGACACAUCCUCGUCAUCAGGUGCAGAGAUUGCGUCUCCAACAGCUUCUAGCCCAGGAGUUAGUCCUCCAACGAACACUAUUAAACCUUCAGACAGAACUCCACCAACAGGAGACGGAACAGGAACAGGAACAGGGACAGGGACAGGGACAGGGACAGGAGCAGGAACAGGGACAGGGACAGGGACAGGGACAACCUCGGAAAAAAGUGCUGGAAGCAGUAAAGGAGCUGCUUCCUGCCUCAACCCGUCAGUCCUCACCUUACUCAUCCUUGUCACUGUUCAUCUGUGAAGAAAGUGUCUACCUGACCUCCGUGUCACAUCUCUUGGCAUGUUGAAGUGUUUGUCCCCUUCGUUCAUUUGUGCACUGAACACACCUCACAUCUGCAUUGCUAUUUCAUAAUACAUAUCUCUCUUAUCUCAAUAUCUCUCUUAUCUCUCACCAAGUUGACUUUAACUUACUCUGUCUAGACCUUGUCUGACACUUUUCUGAUUUGUUCACUCGAAACAUGGGUUUUCCUGUUAUGUGUACAUGAACUUGUUAUAAGAACCCAGGGUCUCGUCAGAACACAUGACCUGUGAUGUCAGGUUCCGGUGGCUGUAUUCUCCUCGUUUGUUGACAUGUCAAGAGAGUCGUCAGUGUGACACUGCUGCAUCUUGGCCAAUGAACCAGUUCCCGAGUGUGUGGGAUGUUGGUGUGGAUGUUGAUGUGGAUGUUGGUGUGGAUGUUGGUGUCUGCCAACACGAACACAAGGCGCUUGAGAUGCUGGUGAAUAGUCACGGAUGAGAGAAUUCCACACACCACCUUCGCUUGGACAACGAUUAAUGUCGAACUUUAAUAUAAUCUUUGACACUAUUUUCUCUAUGAUUGCUAGUUAUCUUUAUGUAAGAGCUAGUGUAGAAAUUAAGUUUAUAAUUAUUUUGGAAUUCCUCUAUACCGCUUUUUAAUAUCAGUAAAAUUGUAUUAAUCUACAACUUCCGUCCACUUCACGCUAAUGCGACUGUGAUAAGGCUAACAUUUGCUACUUUCUUGUUGUUUUCUUCAUGUAUGAUUGAUUUAAUCUUCUGUUCAGAGGUUUUUUUUUAUUUUUUGCAUCUUUGAACUAAUAAAACCAGCACUUGACAAACAUAAA